AUGCCUCGGGUACCCGGGGUCGGGCGGCCGUCCAUGCCUCAGCGGAUCCGGGUCGGCGGGCCGGUCCAGUCCUCGGGGUACCAGGGUCCGGGCGGUCCAGUCCAGUGCUCAGCGUCCUGGGGUUCGGGCGGGCCGGUCCAGUCCUCGGGGUACCGGGUCCGGGGCGGUCCAGUCCAGUGCAGCAUCCAGAGCAAGGAGCGGAAGGAACAGCUCCCCCAGCUGGCACAGAGCUCCAGAUCCAACAACCUGCAUGGCAGAUGUUCACAGUACAACAACAGCACCUGUGGCACAGGCUCAGGCGACGAGCUCAUUCCCCAAGCCUUGUCUCCCCUGGAGAAGUGCGGUAACUGCCACGUGGCCCUGGGGCUCACAGGAGCGCACACCACCGCUGGGACCACGGCCAGUCGCCCUGUCAGUCUGCACCACAGCAGUGCCCUGAGUCCAAAUGCUGCAGCCCCAGUGGAGCUGUUGGUCCUCCCGAGUGAUCGCACAAUGCACCUGCCCACAGGAAAACCUCCUGUCCCUUCUGAGAGCAGCAGAGUCAGGCUAGAGCUCAGCCCUGCGCCCACGAGCGUGGUGCCGCUGACCUCAGCAGGUGCAGGACUGGGCCUAACGUCAUCUCCCCAAAGGGGCAUCAGUCAUUAUGUGCUCCAAGUAGAUGUUGACCAGUGUGGGCGAAAGAAGGCAGCCUGGCUGGACUCCAACAGUGCUGUGAAACCACUCGCCUAUUAUGCCAUUGACGAGAUCUGCGCUGCUGGCCUUAGCACACACGGCCCCGGGGGCGCGGGCCAGGAGGCGCCGCUGGCGGGGAACGGCUCCGGCCCCGCCAAGCUGGGCAGCAAGCGGCUCCCGCAGGCCCUCAUCGUGGGGGUGAAGAAGGGGGGCACCCGCGCCGUGCUGGAGUUUAUCCGGGUGCACCCCGAGGUGCGCGCCGUGGGCACCGAGCCCCACUUCUUCGACCGGCACUACGAGCGCGGGCUGGCGUGGUACAGAAGCUUGAUGCCCAGGACACACAGCAGCCAAAUCACAAUGGAAAAGACACCCAGUUACUUUGUCACCAAGGAGGCCCCACGGCGGAUCUUCAACAUGUCCAGAGACACCAAGCUGAUAGUGGUGGUGCGGAACCCGGUCACCAGGGCCAUCUCGGACUACACGCAGACACUCUCCAAGAAGCCCGACAUCCCCACCUUCGAAGGGCUGUCCUUCCAGAACCGCAGCCUGGGGCUGGUGGACACCUCGUGGAACGCCAUCCGCAUCGGGAUGUACGUGGUACACCUGCAGAGCUGGCUCCAGUACUUCCCCCUCUCUCAGAUCCACUUUGUCAGUGGGGAAAAGCUGAUCACAGACCCGGCAGGGGAGAUGGGCAAAGUGCAGGACUUCCUGGGCAUCAAGCGGGUGAUCACGGACAAGCACUUCUACUUCAACAAGACAAAAGGGUUUCCUUGCCUGAAAAAAACAGAGAGCAGCACUUUUCCACGCUGCCUGGGCAAGUCUAAAGGGAGAACUCAUGUGCAGAUAGACCCUGAGGUGAUAGAGCAGCUCCGGGACUUUUAUAGACCAUAUAAUAUUAAAUUCUAUGAAACCGUUGGGCAGGACUUCAGGUGGGAAUAACUGUCCAGGCCCAGAGCGGUGGUGAGGCCAGCAUGCCGCAGUCUUCCAUGAGAGUUCAAACGAGGCCAACGAGCAAGCCACCCCCUCCAUCGGCCAUCUUGUCCUUCCUCGCGGGUGCUGGUGAGAACGGCUUUCCGGAUCCUGUGGGAGGCCAGGUUUUUCCAGGCCAAAGGCCAAGGAGGAUGUGGAGUUAUGUCCCCAGCCCAACAUGUGCCAGGCAGAGACCGCUGGACACAGCCAAGCCCUCACCAGAUUCUGUCAGCAGUUGGGGGGGCUUGUUUGGCAUUUGGUUUUAAUACUGUGAUGGGGCACACCCUGAGCAGCCAGAAGAGGGCCUGAUGGGCCGUGUGGAGGCCACGGGCCAUCUGAUUUUUAAUGAUGGCUGGUCGAUACACACUGCUGCCCAGGCGCAAACUGGCUCAAGCGUCUACCUGGCAUGUACCUUGUGCAUGUUCCGAAAAUAACCACCAGUUGGAGCAAUCCCUGGCUAAAGCUUCCCAGGCUCUGGGUGGGUCAGUCUCUCUCGCCACCCAGUCCAGUUUACCAGGACUAGGAUGAAUGUCCCAUGUCCGCAGGGGCUGGGGCCUGCAUGGGGCUCUAUGACCCAUGGGAAGCCAUGCAUCUGAGGCUGGGGUGGGCCUCUCCAUUUUGCCUUUGUCAACUGAGCGACGUAUGUACCCAUGACGAUGGUGAUGUGUAUGCUUGGAAAAAAAAUGGUUCCAACCACAUUGUGAUGAUACUUUGUCCUGUGAAUAAAGCACAGAUUUCUGCUGGUACGGGUACUCUAUUGCCACUGGUUUUCUUG